AUGGCAGAAAAAAAGAUGUCGACGUGCCGGAGGAAUCAUCUCAAGAGCUUGCUGCUGCAGAUCGGUGAGGCGAUGCUGAAGGAAGAGGCAGAGGAGAAGGAGAAGGAGAAGAUGAUGUACAUGGAGGAGAAAUGCCCUGAUCUCUCCAUCCCUGGCUGCAUGCAGGAGCUCCAGGAGCUGUGCCGAAAACUUCACAAGGAGAUCGAUCUGGUGGACGAGGAACGAUACGACAUGGAGAUCAAAGUGAACAAGUCCAACAAGGAGAUCGACGACCUGAAGUUGAUGGUUCAGGAUCUGAACGGGAAGUUUAAGAAGCCGGCCCUGAAGAAGGUGCGGAUGUCGGCUGACGCCAUGCUGGCCGCCCUGCUGGGGUCCAAACACAAAGUGUCCAUGGACCUGAGAGCCAACCUGAAGCAGGUCAAGAAGGAGGUGAAAGAGGAGGAGAAGCAGACCGCCGACUGGAGGAAGAACAUUGAAGACAAAGCCGGGAUGGACGGCAGGAAGAAGAUGUUCGAGACAGAGGCCUGAACUCCAGUGUGUUGAUCUGCAUUAUUCAUUUCUGUGUAUUACUGU